GUUGAACCGCUGUACAUGACCGGGUUUGAUAAGAUUGAUCAAUACUUGUCAGGCGUGGUGCUUCCCUUCCUUUUACUGUGUUGUUGUUUAACAAACGAUACAGAAUUAGGGCUCGAACACUGCGGUAAGAUUUUCUAUUAGCAGAAAGGGAUCUCCAGAAACUGUGAUAUCAAGAGCCAUGAAUGCUAGAAGGGACUAUGGGGGCAAUAGGGCUGCUCUUUUUGAUGGCAUUGAGGAGGGUGGUAUUAGAGCGUCUUCUUCCUACUCCUCACAUGAAAUUGAUGAACAAGAGAAUGAUACGGCAAUGGAUGGGUUGCAGGAUCGAGUUAAUCUGCUGAAAAGAUUGUCAGGUGAUAUACAUGAGGAGGUGGAGAGUCAUAAUCAUAUGCUGGACAGAAUGGGCAACGAUAUGGAUGCUUCGAGGGGAAUUCUGUCUGGAACUAUGGAUAAGUUCAAAAUGGUAUUCAAGACCAAAUCAAGCCGGGGAAUGUUUACUCUAGUGGCAUCUUUCGUGGGCAUUUUUCUGAUUAUAUACUAUUUUACAAGGUAACUAAUGAUGAAUCAAGACUUAUGCUAGUUUUUGUUCAGAUCUGGGAG